AUCAUAGGCGCAGACCACAAGUGAGGAACUGUACAUUGAAGUCUGUAACACUGAACCCCGUAUUUCGUUUUGUUAGUAUGUAAAACGGCAGUGCUAGGCUUAUGUCGGUAGACUCGAAGCGGAACAAAGAGACGUUGAUAUACAAUUUUAUCUAAAUUUACUCUUUAAUAUUAGCUGGAGACGGUAUACUUAUCGCGUGUGGAACUGCCACUGCUCUUUCAAUGAGGUGCUCGACUUGGGUUCUGCUAGCCCUUUAACUCAACGCGAGCCCAGCCCCGGAGUACCACAGCACGGUACACUGGAAAGGCUGGGCACAGCUGACGUAACCAAAGUUUCCAAGGAGCAGCCGUGGAGCGGAGUUCGAGUGCAGAGCGGCGCCCGGCCAACCACCGGGCACUACUACUUGUGUGAGUCCGCCUGAGUCGGGGUUCUGCGUCUCCCUGCUGUGCAGCCUUCACAACCUUCAAAUUUAGAAGCGUCUUUACUAUUAUUUCACCAAACUGUUGACUGCUGCUGGAAAAAAGGGUCUGUCAAACGAGUCCAUUGAAUGAUAUGUCCCAAAUAACCAAAUGUGAAUUCUGAAUGCAAGUAUUAUCAGGUUAUAUGGAACAAGGCUGUACUGUGUUAGCUGUCUUAAAACUGGUGUGGUAAAAGAUCUGACUGGAAAUCUGAAUCACCUUAAGGAAAAUAAUAAUUCAUAAUGCAGCAGCUCAAAACUGACAGAUGAAGUGGCUUAACACCUGAGAGAACACGUCCAGGUCUUCAGAUAAAGAACAGGUACAAGAAGAGGAGUCUGUGUUUGGAACUUUAAAAGUAUCAUUCCCAGCUGAAGUAUCCACCAGGAGCAACCUCUUGGAAUUCUUCCACUGCAUUCCAAUUUGGCAGAAAAGUAGAAGCUUGGAUUCAGAAAUUUUAUUUUCUUCUCUGCAGUUGGAUUAGUCAAGAAACCUAUAAAGGAAGAUCUUGGAUUUCUUCUUACAUUGUCUGUAAGUGAAGAAGGAAACAUUGCUUUAAAAUUUGAUGCUGUCCUCUGGGCUUUAUAUCUACACCAUCUGAAGAUCUUCUGUUUCUCCAUUUAUAGAAGGAUGACUUUCGGUGAAUAAAAAAUUGAGUUGCAAAUCUGCACCAGGUCUAAACCAGACUUGCCUGUAAACUGAUUCAAGAUACAAGUGGCCUGUUCAAAAGUUGCAAAAGAAGAAACAGAACACUACCAGUAAAUGACAGAUGAAAUUCACAAGGCCCCCAUCACCUUAACUGCUUUUAUGAAGAUUUUUCCUGAAUAAUUCUAGAGGUUGAAAAAAAUAGCACUGCAAACAGGAGUCAAACAGGAGCAAUAUCACAGGAGAAAUCCCAGCAUUUAUUUAAUGAAGAAGAAGUGAUAAAACCUUUUUGAGCAAUACUCCUUGGCAACAGUUGUCAACAUGAAUAGAGCAUUCAGCAGAAAAAAAGAUAAAACGUGGAUGCAUACACCAGAUAUGUUGUCAAAGCACUUUAUUUCCUACAAUGCAAAGUUUCUUGGCAGCACUGAAGUUGAACAACCUAAAGGCACAGAAAUUGUCAAAGAUGCAGUUCGAAAGUUAAAGUUUGCAAGACAUAUUAAGAAAUCUGAAGGGCAGAAAACACCUAAGGUUGAAUUACAGAUCUCAAUUUAUGGUGUUAAAAUUUUGGACCCUAAAUCAAAGGAAGUUCUGCACAAUUGCCAGCUUCACAGAAUAUCAUUCUGUGCUGAUGAUAAAACUGACAAGAGGAUAUUUACCUUCAUAUGUAAAGAUGCAGACUCGAAUAAACAUUUGUGUUAUGUAUUCGACAGUGAGAAAUGUGCUGAAGAGAUAACCUUAACCAUUGGUCAAGCAUUUGACUUGGCAUACAGGAAGUUUCUAGAAUCUGGAGGAAAGGAUGUUGAAGCAAGAAAACAAAUAGCUGGCUUGCAGAAAAAGAUUCAAGACUUAGAAGCUGAAAAUCUUCAGCUGAAAAUGAAAGUCCAAGAACUGGAAAACCAGCUGAGGAUAACAGAAAUAUCCACAUCACCAGUUGGUAGCAUGACAUCCACUUCCCCUUCUACAGACAUCUUUGACAUGGUCCCAUUUACUCCAUCGUCCCCCGUAUUACCAGCUACCAACGGCACACAGCCUCCUCCCAUACCAAGCAGAUCUACAGACCCAAAACGAGACCUCUUUGGUGCUGAACCCUUUGACCCAUUCAUUUGUGGGGCAGGAGAAUAUACUCCAGAUAUACAAUCCAAAUUAGAUGAAAUGCAGCGUCAACGAUGGAGGGGUUCAAAAUGGGACUGACAAUGGAAGGUACUGUUUUUUCUCUUGACCCACUGGACAGCAGAUGUUGAUGCCAGAACGGAAAGCUGCAGCAGAUCUUUAAGUAAUAGUCUUCAACAGAACUGUGUUGUGCCAAAUAAAAGAUACAUUUGUCAACAUGGGCGUGACACACAACAUUAUAGUACUGUGUCAUACUCAGCUAUAUGAAAUUAUAUGGCAGUGCCAAGUUUGAUGAUAAACAAACAUGCAACAAAACUGAACAUCAGCAAGACUUUUGAAUGAUUCUUCCAUACAUGUUAAGUGUUUGAAUUGCAGUAAUUUGAUGAAAAUGCACAUACAUUUAAUUUCAUGAAAUGCUGCUCAUAAAUUUCUACAGAUGUUUAUAUUUAUAUUUGUAAUGUUACAGUGUAAGCAAACAUAAAAGUUUUUCUUAGUAAUAUUAGGUUUCCUGGAUCUUUUGGAACAAACGUUGAGAAGAGCACAUUGAGGAAACAACUACUCCUGUCUGGAAUGAAAAAAAAAAUGGUUCCGGAAACAACUACUCCUGUCUGGAAUGAAAAAAAAAAUGGUUCCACUUAACUGAUAUGUGGAUCUGGUGCAUUGAAGUAGCCAAAGAUUGCAUUACAACAAAUACCAUAGCAUUUGUUAUCCGUAGACUGACAUAUGUACAUCACUCUUUUGAUAAUAACCACAACAUUUUGCUGCAAAGUGGUGUAUUGUGUGAAAGAAACAGCAGGGGCCUUCUUAACACUAGUGAGGAAGAGCAGAUGAAAGUAUAAAACACACCAACAUGAAAGUCCAAUCAUUUAAGUCCUACUGUGGAUCCACAUAGACUGAUGUGCAAAAUAUUGAUUCCUUUUAGUAAAGUUCCCAUCAGCAUUAUUGGAUGCUUACUAAUUUAUGUUCUUUAUUUGAAUUCCAUGAGCUGCGUUAGUCAGAAAUCUUAAUAGAAUGAGAUGAGUAUUAAUAGCACCAAGUUUAUUUUCCAGCAAAACAACUUGGCACAAAUUGUGAAGGAGUCAGACAUAAGCAGACAGCUCUAUGAUUUCCUUAGCAGUUGAGUUAAGAAGUAAAACUAUAUCACAGCCAAGUUAAAUGACUGAGUGUCUUUUACAUGCUGGAAAUUCUGAGUUGGCUCUGAAUCUCCUGAAACUGGAACAUGGAGUAGGAACAACAUAGCCAGAAAAUGUUGACUAUACUAUUCUCCUUGGUUUUUCAUCUCAGUGUUUUCAUAUAUUAUAAAUUGCAGUUAAUUAAAUGAAUCUGGUUAAAAUGGUGAGUUGUGACACUUGAUACUGAGCCUUCUGUACAAUGGUCACUCUUUUUAGUCAAGUACUUCUGUGUUAUCAAAAGAGACUAGCAAUAGUAACUGCUAAAAUUCACACCUGCCUGAAGCCAAAGCUUCUUUGGAAAUGUCUGACUCUAAACAGUAUUUUAGGCAUAAAUAUAUUCAAUCCAUGAUAAUUUUUUUCUGAAUGGUAUGCAUACACAUUAUACGCAAGUACACAUAAUAAGUUCUAAGUUUUAUAUUUAAGAUGUCUUCCUGCUUUGUUAUAAAGGGGACUAAAUUCAUUAUUUUAUCUUGCCAGUAUGAGUAAACUAUAGGUGUUUGUUACAAUUCUUUAAUAUCUUAUCACUAGUGGCAUAUAGUUGUAAAGAAACUGCCUUAAACAUUCCUUGCUGAAGCUUGCUCUCUUUAUUACAGUUGCUUUUCAUUAGGUUAUAAUUAUAAGUAGUGAGUAGAAGCCCCUUGUAGAACAUUUUCAUUCCCGGCAUGUGCUCAUGGUCUUUAUGUCCAACAGUUGCCCAGUGGGCUGCACAUUCACUUAGGGACACUGUAGUAACACAUGGAAACAAUCAUGCACUGCUGUCCACAUCAGGCAAGAUAAUAAAAGCAAGUUCCAAAGGCCUGCUUUGCUGGUGACUUUAAUGAAGGCCAGGAGAACUUCUUCACUUUCUUGUUCAGAGUUCUCUCAAUUGGUUUAAAUGCAGCAUCAGAUUAUGACUGAAAAUUAUUCAUUUGUAUACAUCCAUGUACCCAGGUGCAGAAUGAAAAGAAAAGAAAGAACUUAACAUACAUAAUUACAGAGUCAAUUUUAAAAGCUUCUUAAUAGCAAUCAUUGUUCAUCCCUCAAGCCUGGGCUGCUGACGAUCUGGUUGAGGUUGAGGUAUUGAAGAACAUGAGGUUUAAUCUAGUCUGCUUUUUAUAAAUGGCCUUACAUAGUAUUUCUUACCACUGGUUAGUGCUGGAUUGGGGUGUGAAGCUCUUAAGUAGUGUGUCUGACAGGAAAAUGGAGGUACAUUUCUAAGAGUGUGCUCAGUUUUAUUCUUUGUGCUUGGAUCUGUGACACUUAGUGAAACAUGAUAAUGACAUGGUUAUUUAAGUAGUUCCCCAUCACUGAUAUUCUCAUGAGGAAGCCAGUAAGUCUUGUUAUUUACAGAUUCAGGUGAAGGGAGGCACACAAGUUGGAUGUGAGCACUGAAAUGAGCAAAAAGUAAAUAGAAGGUAAAUGGAGUUUUGCAGAUGGGAAACACAACAAAAUAUUGACUGAUAAUACAAACUUUGUAGUAAGAACCAGAAGUACAAGGCAUUAUUGCUUUAAAAUAAACACAUGAAGUGUUGCUUCAGCAGUUGUAAACUGAAUUAACAUGAUCUGCAUUUUCUAUUGUACUAAAAUGAUACAUACAAAUGUAUUUUGUGUGCACAAUUAUUGCCUUUGUGUAUAGAAUGAUUGAUCCAAGUAAUAAUGGAGCUAGUAAAAUAAUAUCCAUAGCAUUUUCAUUCAUUGUUUUUCUUAAAGUAUUUGUGUAUCGGUACUAUUUUAGUAGCCAUUCCAGUGGCUUUUUAAUGACUAGAACCAAUAUUUUAUUGUAAUUAAAAGCUUUAAGUAUCAAAAAGCAAACGCAUAUUGAACAUAUAAUAUUCAACUUAAGAAAAAGUCAUAUUAAGCCUUUACUUUUGUCUUUACAUUUGCCUACUUCUCCUUGAGAGAUGGCUUUGUCUGAAUGCUGGUUUAAAGGUAAUAUGUAAUCAUUUGUUGCAUACUACAGAUACCACACAUCAUUCAUACUGUGUUGCAUAAACCUAUCUCUGCGUCAAAUAAAUUUUGUAUUAGAUUAUCUUAA